GAGGGAGUAAUGUCAACAGCUCCAGUCCCUGAAAUUCAGGCUCUGGCGCAGUAGCUCACAGAGAAGUGGCAGCUUAGGCUAGAUCAGGAAUAUCAUUUUGUUUUCAAGUACUUUCGAUACUCCCUAGUUAGCAGAGGUGGAUCCUGGCAAAAGGAAGGAUCAAGUCAAGUAGGAACAAUACUGUACUUUCAAAGGAACUUUUAUAGGCUCUCCGUGGCACUGGGUAUAUUUAUGAAGAUUGCAAGAUCAUCUUCAGGGGUUGCUUUCUGAAACUGACCAUGCAGCCUAGAUAGCAGAUUUGGCUUGUUUGGCCCAUCCAGUGCGGAGAGGAUGCCUCCCCGGAAGCGCACACGGCCCGGUCUGGGCCUUCUGUGCUGCUUUGGCAGCAGCGAGCCCCCUGAGAUUAACCUGAAGGACAGUGUUCCCCUGCAGCUGCUCGAGUUCAGCGCCCCCAUGCCCCCGGAGGAGGAACUGAAUGCACGCUUUUCUGAGCUAGUGGACGAACUGGAUCUCACCGACAAGAACAGAGAGGCCAUGUUUGCCUUGCCUGCUGAGAAGAAAUGGCAGAUCUACUGCAGCAAGAAGAAGGAGCAAGAGGAUCCCAACAAGCUCGCUACCAGCUGGCCUGACUACUACAUCGACCGCAUCAACUCCAUGGCUGCUAUGCAGACCCUUUUUGCGUUUGAUGAAGAGGAGAUGGAGAUGAGGAAUAAAGUGGUUGAAGACCUAAAAACAGCACUUCGCACUCAGCCCAUGAGGUUCGUGACGCGCUUCAUCGAACUGGACGGCCUCACAUGUCUGCUGAACUUCCUGAAGAGCAUGGACUACGAGACAUCAGAGAGCCGCAUCCACACGUCCAUCAUCGGCUGCAUCAAAGCGCUGAUGAACAACUCUCAGGGCCGAGCGCACGUCCUGGCCCACCCGCAGAGCAUCGACACCAUAUCCCAGAGCCUGCGCCAGGACAACAUCAAGACCAAGGUGGCUGUGCUGGAGAUCCUGGGUGCUCUCUGCCUGGUACCUGAUGGCCACAAGAAAGUGCUGCAGGCGAUGGCACACUAUCAGAAGUAUGCCGCUGAGAGGACACGAUUCCAGACUCUUCUACAUGAGCUGGACCGGAGCACAGGUCGCUACAGGGACGAGGUAAACCUGAAGACUGCCAUCAUGUCCUUCAUCAAUGCUGUGCUAAAUGCAGGACCUGGAGAGGACAACCUUGAGUUUCGUCUUCAUCUAAGGUACGAAUUCUUAAUGUUGGGGAUCCAGCCAGUCAUCGACAAGCUUCGAGGUCACGAGAACGCAACUCUCGACAGACAUUUGGACUUUUUCGAGAUGGUGCGGAAUGAAGAUGACAGUGAACUGGCAAAACGCUUCGACAUCACGCAUGUGGACACGAAGAGCGCUGGCCAGAUGUUUGAGCUGAUUAAGAAGAAGCUGAGCCACACGGAUGCCUAUCCUCAUCUUCUAUCUAUUCUCCAGCACUGCCUGCAGAUGCCAUAUAAACGUGGAGCGGGCAGUGUACAGCAGUGGCAGCUUCUAGACCGAAUACUUCAACAGAUUGUUCUGCAGGAUGAUAAAGGGGAAGACCCAGACGUUUCUCCUUUGGACAAUUUCAACGUCAAGAACAUAAUUAGAAUGCUCGUUAAUGAAAACGAGGUGAAACAGUGGCGGGAUCAGGCCGAGAAAUUCAGGAAAGAGCAUGCAGAACUCAUGGCCCGACUUGAGAGGAAGGAGCGAGAGUGUGAGAUCAAAACGCAAGAGAAAGAAGACAUGAUGAAGACUCUGAACAAGAUGAAAGACAAGCUGCAGAGAGAAGGAGUAGAGCUGCGCUCUGCCAGGGAGCAAGUCUUAGACCUGUCUUCUCGGAUUAAUGAUAUUUCUAAUGGAAGUAUGGCAUUCCCUCCACCUCCUCCUCCACCCGGAGGUCCAAUGCCACCGCCUCCUCCAAUGAUGGCCGGUUUCCCUCCACCUCCACCUCCUCCACUCCCCUUCUGCCCAGCCCCUCCUCCUCCACCACCACCUCCUCCUCCAGGGGCUCCGCCUCCUCCUCCUGGAGCUCCACCUAUCUUCUCCGGUGCGCCACUCCCACCGGCACCUGCGUCCUUCAGCAGCAGCACAAGCCUGCGCAGCAAGAGUAUCCCCCAGCCAUCACACCCACUCAAGUCUUUCAACUGGGCCAAGCUGGGCGAGAACAAGCUCACUGGUACCAUUUGGCACGACAUCGAUGACCUGCGGGCUUUCAAAGUCCUCGACCUGAAAGAUAUCGAGAAGAUGUUUUCGGCUUAUCAGAGGCAACAAGAGCUGCUCACUAACCAAUCCUUCAAGCAGAAAGAGACUGGCUCCAUGGACGACUUGUAUCUAAGCUCGAGGAAAGUGAAGGAGCUGUCUGUCAUCGAUGGGCGGAGGGCACAGAACUGCGUUAUCUUACUCUCCAAGUUGAAAAUGAGUAAUGAGGAGAUCAAGAGAGCCAUUCUGGAAAUGGACGAGAGAGAGGAGCUGGCGAAAGAUAUGUUAGAGCAGCUGUUAAAGUUUGUGCCUGAAAAGAGCGACAUUGACCUUCUGGAGGAACACAAGCAUGAGCUCGAUCGCAUGGCACGUGCUGACCGCUUCCUCUACGACAUGAGCAGGAUUGAUCACUACCAGCAGAGGCUCCAGUCGCUGUUCUUCAAAAAGAAGUUUGCAGAACGGCUUGCAGAGACCAAGCCGAAGGUGGAGGCUAUUUUGUGUGCGUCCCGUGAGGUGAUGAGGAGUAAACGUCUGACUCAGAUUUUGGAGGUGGUUCUGGCCUUUGGGAACUUCCUGAAUAAAGGCCAGAGAGGGAAUGCAUAUGGCUUCAAGGUGUCCAGCCUGAACAAGAUUGUAGACACCAAGUCGAGCAUAGACAGAAACAUCACCAUGUUGCACUACCUGAUCAUGAUUUUUGAGAAGAACUAUCCCGACACUCUCAGCAUCCAGCAGGAUCUGCUCAGCAUCCCAGAGGCAGCGAAAGUCAAUCUGGCUGAACUGGAGAAGGACGUCUACAGUAUAAAGAGUGGACUGAAGGCUCUGGAAGCAGAGCUGCAGUAUCAGCAGAGCCGGCCACGGGACCGAGGGGACAAGUUCAUCCCCGUGGUCAGCGACUUCAUCACGGUGGCUAGUUUCAGCUUCUCUGAGCUGGAAGAUCUGCUGAACGAGGCAAAGGAGAAGUUUGCCAAGUCUCUGAAGCACUUUGGAGAGGAGCAGGUACGCAUGCAGCCAGACGAGUUCUUCGGGAUCUUCGACACCUUUCUGCAGUCGUUUAGCGAGGCUCGGCAAGACCUGGAGAACAUGCAGCGUCGCAAAGAGGAGGAAGAGAAGCGAGCACGCAUGGAGGCCAUGCUGAAGGACCAGAGGGAGCGAGAGCGAAGGGCAAAGAAGAGCGCAGGAGGGGGCGUGUCUGAGGAAGUGGGAGAGUUCGAUGACCUGGUGUCAGCCCUUCGCUCAGGAGAAGUGUUCGAUAAGGACCUGUCGAAGCUCAAACGCAACCGUAAGCGCUCGGUCAACCAGCUUGUAGAAAGCGGUGGGCGCGAAAGACCCAUCACCAAGGUCAACUAUUAAUAAAGACUUCUGGAACACUAAUUCACUGACUUGCAUACUGUACGUGAAGGGGAAAAAAAAGAAAAAAAAAAGUCUUAACUGCCAUCUGCCUACUUAUUCAUCCAAACAUCCUAACUCGUGAUGGCUUGCAUCUUAAAGGCAGACAGAUUCAUAGACCAUGGUGGACAGUUCUCGGGGCGUUGGAAAUUCUUACAGCACUGUGCUUUCUCUAACCUUGUUCUUAUCCCAUAUCCUACAUGGUCUUCCUCUUCCCAUAGUCGAUGGUCGAGUUCUCCAAGCCAACUCAAAGUGUAACCUCAAACUGCCAAGCACCAUGGGAUUUCCCAUGUCCCUGAGGCCACAAGGGUGGGUCCAGUUAUUCAUAUUCUCAAUACAGAGAAGAUCAAGAUGGCAGGUCAGGACCUCAUCUAGAUCUGUUCUGGGGAAAAUUUGGCCAGAGUAUCGGAGCAUUCAUGCAACCACUUGUUGAAAGACACUGCCAUCUGCAUUAGGUGCUGAUACCCCAUGUGCCUCUCUCUCCACCUACUAUAUUUCUAUGGUGCUUUUACUAAUCGGGCCAUUGGUGUAUAUGGGAACUAAAAAAGAGAGAGAGAGAGAAACCCAUAUCUGCAGCUCUUAACAAGCUAAGUGAUGUGUCCAACUAAUUUUUUUCCCAAAAGUUAGACAACUUCAAACACGGAGACAAGUGGAAGAAAAUGAAGGAGGCGAACCCUUUUUACUUUUGGGAUGGCCAGCUAGGAAAACAGGAUCGCACGGUCUCGGUUGUGUUGGCUGUGAUGCCCUUUACCCAAGUGCCUCCCAAUACCAACGGCAUUCCCAAGGACGACACGGGAGACGAGUCGGAAAUGCCGAGAAAGCACAGCACUUCUAGGAAAAGAUACCACGAGAACCGAAAUGCUCUGAGAAUAAGGACGAUGCUGUAAGCACGCCUCGUUGGCAAGUAAAAAGAUUUUCCAAGGAUUGUGGUGGCAUUACCUGGUGCCAAAGCAAAAAUCAGGAACGUAAAUACGUAGUAGACAAUAAUAAAUGCAAGUAGAACGGCAUUUAUAUAUUUAUUUAUAUGAAAAGAGCAAACGUGCUAAUUUCAAAACCUUUUUUAAUUAUUCAUAAUUUUCUAGUUUGUACUUCUAAUACUUUAAUUCGAUAGGUAUUUCUUUCAUGUAUUUAAAAAAAAAAAAAAAAUCCAAAUCUGUGAUGCGCCAUCACUAGUGAAGCUUGUUAACCUAACUCACCAAAGUAGUGCACUUCUUCUUCUCACAUUGUGACGACAAUUCAAAAGCUAAAGAUGGUUGGUUUGGUUAAAAUGGUUUGCAUCGCCACUGCAGAUACUUCUUGGAAACCGGUCAAGUCUUACUUUAACAAGCUCAAGAUCUACGUGCAGCCCACUCGUUUCUUGUUUUCAUCUAAUUUUUGCUUAUAUUGUUUUUCAUGUUAUGUAUAUUAAGUGUUGUGGUUGUAAAGGUUGUGGAGGCAGGGUUGCAUUUUGGAUGAACAUGGCUCCCAAGAAUAAGAGGAACGGAGGAGAGGACUGGGAGGUCUAAAAGAAGAUUUAAAAAAAAAAUACUGAUUAAGGUUACGGGAAAGUCCUUGAUGACCAAAGUAAGACUGAAGUGUGAAAAUCAGGACAAUAUUCUGUAUAAAGUGUUUUUUGUUUUUUUUUUAAUCCUUUGUGGUACUUGAGCUAGUGGAUUGGAGUAUGAAGAAAUUUGAUUAAGUGGUGUGUAGCUGGUUGAACGAAGCCCAAAUUGAGAAGUUUAGCUUUAUCCUAAAGUAGUUUGUGUUUGGACCUUUUUUUUGGGGGGGGGGGGUGCAUGUCUUUUCUCCAGUCCACCACAUCCCAUACGGAAGAACCAGAGUAAGAAGGUCAGAAGUUCGUUAGCGUCUUCUGAGAGAUUUGCUGCUUUCUUUGUCUGGUUCAGGCCUCUGUGCUACUUGGAUACUCUCAUUCAUUAUUCUUUCCAGAAGGACAGGUUUCCUCCUUAAACCGAAUGCUAAGCGUACGCUAAGAGUACAAACGGUCCAGUCUAACUGAUCUGAGCUAAUCGACACUGCCUUAUUUAAUAUGUUUGCUUAUUAGAUCGCUUUAAGGGCUGGAGCAUAUCCCAUUCUUGAUUUGCCAAUAAAGCUUGGGUUCAUGUGGUGUAAUGUAUUCCAGUAAUUCAGUUAACGAACCUGAAGCUUUUUGGUUUUCCUUCAACUUGACGGUGAGAGGACAGGUCACCUUUAAAACAGCACGAUAAAAACACACUUUGGAAUGGCUCUCGAUUUGGAAACGUGUAUUUAAAAAGGGGGGGACCUCACGUCAAUGAAGGCGAUGGACAUUGUGCCAACUGAGAAGAGAUGUUUAUCCGUCAAGAAUAGAAAAAGCUUUGGUCCAACACCAUGUAGGUAUUCAAAACCAUCAGUAUUAUUAUUGUUAUUUUAGUUUUGUAUGUAUAUUUGGUCAUUGAGUGGCUGAACACAACGGAAAGAAUAAUAAAUGUAGCUUGUUGCUUGAUGCACUUUUUUGAAAAACGUCCUUUUGCUACCCUACCCCCUUGAUAUUUACACACAUUUAGCUCACUAUGUUAAAAAUAAAAUAAAAAAGCAAGAAACAUUGCAGCUUGAAGGACAAAAAGAAGAGUAAAAUUGGGUUGUGUACAUUUGUUUUAUACAUAAUGAAAUUUGUCCCUUCUUAUCGAUUAUUAUAAUAAUAAUAAUAAUAUAAGGCUGGGUCCUACAUUUGAGUGGAGCUCUCUACUGAGGCGAACUGAUUUGACCCCUGAUUUGAGCCUCCUUAAAAAUGCACUCUCACGCUGGUAUCAGUUCUAAGGUGACAAAUUGAUGGGCGAUGUAGUUCUUUAAGUUAAACUUUUAACGCCAACAACGAGCAUCGAUUUCCACUGCCUCAGCGUUCAUCGCUCCGUUUCCUAUCCGUUUGUAUUGUUGCGUUUCACCUUUAUGCACUUGUUUAGGUCCAAAGUGGUGCACAAGUAUGAUCCUUUUUUGCUAUAGAUGUAUAUUAUGGGUAAUUAAUUAUUACCCCCAGGUAAGAAUAUCCAGCUUUACACAUCCUUUGUAUCAUCCAGCUGCAGGUUGUAUAUUGUGCAGAGCAAGUAUUUUAAAAGGAUGACUUCACCUGAAAGAUGUAUAGUUCUAAAAUGUUUGUACGCAGCUAUAGUUGAAAAGGGAGGGGGGGAGCGAAAAAGGAAAAAUAUGUUGAGGAAUGUUCUGUUUUUUUUUUUUUGGUUCCUGUAAAUUGAGUCUAUUUAUUUGCCUUAUUUAGUUUGCUAUAUUUUGUAUGUAUACACUACAUUACAGCAAAAAAAAAAAGUUACAUGAGAAGUAUAAAUAUGAGUAACUAUACUGUGGUCUUUGUAUGUCAGAUUCUCGAGUAUAAAUAGCUCAAUUUUUUUUUGUUGUUUUUGCUCGCCAUGCAUCCUUUUGUAGGGUUAAAAAAAAAAUAAACCUGUUUCCAUUGA